GUCACGGCAGGGCGCGUCAAAACCCUCGGAGCUCUAGCGAUUUUCAAUCGUUCGGCGGCGGUGAACCUUGUCGUCUUCUCCUAGAGAGACAGAGCGCGAAAACCACCGUGUGCGUCUCGGCAGGGAGUCGGAGGGAAACAAUAACAUUCCUCGAGGUUCGAGACGAUGCCGAACUUCUGUGCGGCACCUAAUUGCAGUAGGAAAAGCACCAACUGCCCAGACAUCCCUUUCUUCAGGUUCCCCAAAGACCCCGAGAGGUGUCAGAAAUGGGUAGAGAACUGUCGGAGAGCAGAUUUGGAAAACAGGUCUGCUGAACAGCUUCACAAACAGUACAGACUCUGUGCAAGACAUUUUGAACAAUCCUUGAUAUGUACGAACAGCCCUUACAGAACAGUCCUUAAGGAUAACGCAGUGCCGACUUUGUUUGACUUAACAAGUCAUCUCAAUAAACCUGAAGGCAAACACAGAAAGCACAAGAGGAUAAAAGACUUGACUGAAGAAGAUUUACUGAGGGUGAAAGCACCAAGAACUGACUGUGAUGUUCUGAGAGGUCUGCAGUGUAAACAGGAGGCAAUCAAUGAACUUGACAAAACAGAACUGGAAGGUGCUACAGAGAGCCUUGAAGAGUCUACUCUCUUGGAAGAAUCUUUAAAUUUGACACCUGAAGAGAAAGGAAACAAAGAAUUUCUCAAAGUUUUAUUUGAAACUGUAUUGCUGUUAGGGAGGCAAAAUGUUCCUCUGGGAGGAUCGGCCAUUGAAAACCUGAGCAACCUGUGCAAUACUCCUGACAACAUUCAAGCACUACUAGAAUUCAGAAUGAAUGCAGGUGAUGAAAUUCUUAGAAAGAGGUUUGAGACAACCGCUGUGAAUGCGGUGUACUGUCCUAAGAACUUGCAAAAAGACCUCUUGGACAUCUGUGAGAUGUGCAUACGGGAGGAGGUACUUCGAGAAGUUCGUGACAGCAACUUCUUCUCCAUUGUGACGGAUGAAGUGAUCAAUGUAGCAGGGCUCGACCAUGUGUCCCUGUUAAUUCGGUUUGUAGAUGAGUCUGACUGCCUGAGACAAGAAUUUGUUGGCUUCAUACCCUGUGAUCUUGACGGGGAGUUCUUGGCCAGUCGGAUCCAUGAGACGCUUACAGAAAAGUGGGGUCUGAAUAUGUAUUACUGCCGUGGACAAGCAUACAAUGGCUCUGGCACAAUGUCUUACAAAAAGCGAGUUGUUGUGGCUAGCAUUUUACAGCAGUGUCCAAAGGCAUUGAGCACUCCUUGUUCUUCAUACCCCCUAAACAUAUGGAUAGCAAAGUCCAGUCUGAUUUUUGGUGUUAACAUGGUAUUAAGCUUGAUGGAGAACAUUGUAUCAUUUUUUAGCUUGUCACCUCAGCUCCAGAAGGUUUUUGAUGUUGGUGUUGAUGGUGUCUAUCAAACAAAUGAGGAGAAGGCAAAGGAGCUGAAAAAACUCUUUCAAAUUAAUUGGUAUGAAAGACAUGACACUUUUGAGAUCUUAGCAGAUCUUUAUGAAGUGCUGGUGACAUGCUUGGAUGAGAUCAGCUAUGAUACGUGUGGUAGGUGGAAUGCUGAGAUAGCAACCCAGGCCAGCAUGCUCUCCUCAACCAUGAGAGAUUUCGAAAUAGUCGUCUCUGUUAUGGUGUUGAAGAAUGUUCUCUCAUACACAAGAGCCUUUGGCAAAAAUCUCCAAGGUCAAGCAUCGGACACUUAUUUUGCCUCAAGCACUUUGACUGCGGUCCUGCACUCAUUAAAUGAAAUGAGGGACAAUAUUGAUGUAUAUCAUGAGUUCUGGUUAGAAGAAGCCACCAAUUUGUCAAUCAAAAUGGGGAUUGAACUAAAGCUGCCAUGGAGGUGUCGCAGGCAGCCUCAAAGUGAAGAGGUUUCUGAGGAGACUCCUGAAAACUAUUACAAAGAAGCAAUUACUGCACCCUUUUUGGACCACAUUAUUUUAGAAAUAGAGGACAUGUUCUCCGAGCAGCAGUUAAAGGCUCUCAAGUGCCUGUCAUUGGUGCCUUCUGUUAUGGCCCAGCUGAAAUAUAAUACUGGGGAGGAAAACAUGGCUGAUUUAUAUAAAGACGAUCUUCCAAAUCCAGAUACCCUUUCAGCAGAACUGCACUGUUGGAAGAUAAAAUGGAAGCAUCGAAGCAGAGAUGUUGAACUUCCUAGUACUAUUUUUGACACGCUGCGCCAUCCUGACAUCAAGUUCUUUCCAAAUGUGUACACUUUACUAAAAAUUGUCUCAAACCUACCUAUUAUCAAGCUUGAAACUGACAAGUAUGAAAUUGGACGGAAGCGGCUCAAAUCAUAUUUGAAAAUCACUCCGGUUGAGGAGCGGACAACCAGUCUGGCACUAAUCCACAUCAGUUACGAUACCAAACAUGACUAUGACAUGAUGGUCGAUACUUACGCAAAACUAUACCCAGAGAAAAUGCAGCUGGCGCACGUGACUGAUUCAGAUGGUGUGGACAUAAACAAUCAUGAUGGAAGCAGUAUCGAAAUCAAUAAUUUAGAAACAAGUACUCAGACAGUGUAUGAAGUUGAUGGUGAGUGCAUGGAGGUGGCAAGCCAUACAGUGACAAGUGGGGUUGUACUACACCAUCAGUCUGCAGGAAGCCUCAUGGAGGUCUGCCAGAAUUCAGAUAAGACGAUCAUAGAAGUGACCCAGCAUCCGGAGGGGACCACAGUAGAACUGCAACAGUUUCCCGUAAGCGGCACCAUGAUUGUGACUCAGCAUACAGCAGAGUCCAGUGUGGAAUUACAACACCAUCCGGAAGGGGCUGAGAUCAGCCAGCAGCCAAUAGCAAGCAAUGUGGAACUGCAACACCAUAUCGAGGGAAGAGUGGUGGAGGUGAUCCACCAUUCAGAGGUAAAUGGUGUAGAAUUGCAGCAUCACUCACAGGUGAAUGGCUUGGAAUUGCAGCACCAUCCAACAGGUCAGGUUAUUGAGGUCAGCACUGUGGCGCUUCAGCCGCAAGUGGAGCCGAGCACUGUGGCGCUUCAGCCGCAAGUGGAGCCGAGCACUGUGGCGCUUCAGCCGCAAGUGGAGCCGAGCACUGUGGCGCUUCAGCCGCAAGUGGAGCCGAGCACUGUGGCGCUUCAGCCGCAAGUGGAGCCGAGCACUGUGGCGCUUCAGCCGCAAGUGGAGCCGAGCACUGUGGCGCUUCAGCCGCAAGUGGAGCCGAGCACUGUGGCGCUUCAGCCGCAAGUGGAGCCGAGCACUGUGGCGCUUCAGCCGCAAGUGGAGCCGAGCACUGUGGCGCUUCAGCCGCAGGUACAAGAGGAUGCAGUAUCCCUGCAGCACCAUCUUGAGGGAAAUACCGUUGAGCUACAGCACCACCCAGAGAGCAGCAGUGUGGAAUUGCACAAUCCACAGACUAGUGCUAUUGAGCUGAGCUGUGGAACAGGAGAGACUACCGUGGAAGUGGGUCAUUGUCCAGAGACUAGUGCCACUGAGCUAAUGCAACAACAACCACAGCACAGUGCCUUGGAAUUGCAGAGCCAGUGCCACCUGGAGCCUGGUGAGAUGGUGAUGCGGCCCCAUCAGGUGUCUGUUGCUACAGAGACAGAAGACCAUCCAGAGCUCGAAGUGGACAUCAAGCCCGACGUGGAAUCAGUUGCCACAGGGGUGCAACAUCCUUCAGAAGUUACUAGCAUGGAAAUCCAGCACCACUCAGAGCCUGUUGCGACAGAGAUGCAGCAGCAUACGGAAUCGAUCUCUGCAGAGGUUCAACAUCCACCGCAGACUAAUGCCUCAGACUUGCCACAUAAUGAAUCUAGUACUGUGAUGGAGGGCAAUCCAGUGAUGGGCAUGGAGGUCGUCGAGCACCAUUCUGGUGUAAGUGCUGUGGAAUUCGAUCCACACCCUGAGUCACGUGCCAUUGAGUUGGAACAGUGUCCUGAGGCAAAUGUGGUGGAACUGGACAACUGUCCAGAAGCAACAGAGCUGCAAAACCCUCCUCCAGAAGCAGCCACAGUGGAAGUAGACAAUAUGAGCAUGUGCAAUCAGGAUUUGAAUGGUGAUGGAAUAAAGGUUUUGGAAAUUAAUAAUUCAGAAGACAGAAACUCAGAGACGAAUGUUUCUAGUGCCCAGGAAGGUACUCUCACCAAAGACACGUUCACAUAUGAAACCUGCUUGUCCAUGAUGUUUGUUGAAAGCAGCAAUGUGCUUUUCAGUUAAAUGUAGUCUUUGUCAAAAUUGCUAAAAUUAAAUAUAGAAAAAAAUGUGAAGGUAAAUAAUAUUAUAUACGAACAACAAUGUUUAAAUUGACAUUCUUAUGUAGGUACCUUUUAAUGGGAGAUUGAAUUUGCUUAUCCUUAAACCGGUGAUUUGGAAUAUGAUUGUGUUGUAUUCUUCUGGUACUUUUAUAUGAUUUUGUAGUGAUUUACCCAGUGUCCAUAUAAAUGUAUUAAGUGCUGAACAGGAGUGCAAAUUCAGCCUUUGCAUUUUAAUGCUCUCAUUUUUGCCUUUGCCCCCAACUGAUAUGGAGCUGAAGAUAUGGAUUGAGCCUAUUAAUUUCUGGUGUGGCUCUUUUUUUUUUACAGCAAUCAUUGAUGGCCCAUCAAGCUUGUUUAACAAUAGAUUUUAACUGAAGUAUAUCCAUAUGUCAUUUGUCCACUUGAGGCAUCUUUAGAAGAUAAGUUGUUUAAUAGUUUUUCCUGGGGACAGCUUUGACCCAGUCAGCUCCCCUCUCACACCCUCUCUUCACCCCUGGCAUUUUAUCUCCUUUUCAGAUACCAUGCCUGUCCCCGCUGUCACCACUGCUGGGAUCAGGUGCCAUUGAAUGCUGUUUGAUAGUAAGUGAAAAUUCAGUGUGAAUUAAUGAGUUGUUUCAGAAAUUGUGCUCUAAUUUUUUUUUAUUUUUCUCAGCUCUACUCUGGAAUGUGUUGAUUCCUAGCUGAUGUCUUUUUCAAGGUGUCUGAUCAAAUGUCUCUCCCCCACUCUGAACGUAGAGGAAAGGCAUAGAGUCAAGCUAAACUUGAUAAUCUGGUAUCAUCCUCAGCAUCAGCAUGGAGUACUGUCUAGUGAUAAGAUGUGGAAUUAUUGGCUAUCUGUCCUGAAAAUACACAAUACCAACUUAGUAAAGGAACUGGAUGUUAUAAGAAUCUUUUGCAAUGUGUUUUUUUUCGUCACCAAGGUACUUCUUUUAAUAUUGUUCACUUCACCAUAGUUCAUGUGUACAAGGCCAAAUUUCUGAAGUGGGCUCCUGACCCCGAACGUCUACUUUCCUGUUCUUCUGAUGCCUUGCCUGCUGUGUUCCUCCAGCUCUAUGCUAUACUCUCUAGUUCAGUAGCCUCAAAUAGUUGCAUCUGCCAUUCUUAAGGGUUCAAUUGUAAAAAUAUAGAAAAUAGUAGGAGUAGGCCAUUCAGCCACUUGACUGUUCAACAAGAUUACGGCUGAUCCUAAUCUCAACGCCAGACUUCUCUCACCCCAUACCUCUUGUUACCUUUAGCUUCAAGACACUCACCUUCACAGAGAAUUCCACAGGAUUCACCACCCGUUGAAGAAAUUUCUCCUCAUCUCAGCCUGGAAUGGCCUACUAUGUAUCCUGAAAUCAUGACCCCUUGUUCUGGACUGUUCCCUGGCUCAGGGAAGUGUCAUCCCUUCAUCCAAUCUGUCCAGACAUGUCAGAAUUACUUACAUUUCGGUAGGAUCCCUUCUCAUUCCUGAGUUACAGUGCAUUCGGGCCCAGUCAAACAAUCUCUCUGAAUGCCUGGCAAACCUGCCAACCCAGGAAUCAGUCUGAUGAGCCUUCGUUGCAUUCAUUCUCUGCAAAGUCCAUCUUGUGUAAUGAGAUGAAAACUGCACGCAGUUCUCUAGAUGUGUUCACACGAAGGCUCUGUACAGCUGUAAUAAGACUUAAUAUGUCCUGUAUUUGUAACCCUUUCACAAUGAAAGCCAACAUUCGGUUUUCCUUUUGUAUCUAUUUGUUGCUAAUGACAAAUAUUCAAGGACCCUUAGUAUAUCAUUUUCCAAUCUAUCACCAUUUCAAUAUUGUUUUACCAAUCUGUUUUCCACACUGAUGUGGAUAACUUUACAUUUAUCCUUGUUAUGCCACAUCUGCAAAGCAUUUUCUCAGUCAACUUAUCUAAAUGGCUUUUUUGCCUCUGUUUUCCUCACUGAUCAUAAGUCCUACCACCUGUCUCAUUAGUGAAUUUGGAAAUAUUACACUUGAAUCUCUUAUCCUAAUUGUUGAUUUUAUAUUGCGAACAGCUGGGACUCGAGUAUUGAUCCCUGAGAUCUUCCACUCCAAAAGUAAUCUAUUUUGUUUCUCACUCUGUUUUUCAACUGCCAUUUCUCAAUCCAUACUAGUGUAUUACCGUCAAUUUCAUGUGUGUUGAUUUUGCCUAAUAACCUCUUACAUAUGAUUUUAUCAAAAGUUUAUGAAAAUCCAAAUGCACUACAUUCAUCGGUUGUCCUUCAUCUAUUUUACUUGUAUACUCAAAAAAGAAACCUCCAGAAGGUUUGUCAAACUCUAAUUCCCUUUCAUAAAUCCAUGUUAAUUUUCUGAUCCUGUUAAUGUUUUCUAUAUGCCCUAUUAUGAUAUCCUUAAUUAUCAAACUGUGCUGCUGUUAUUUUCUUGUACUACAAGACCUGACCAGGUGUAAUUCCUGAUUUUUCUCCCUUUUCUUUAAAUGAUGGAGUUACUUUCUCCAUCCUCCAAUUUGUUGGGGGUUGUUCGAGAAUUUACACCAGUUGUGGAAGAAUGCAACGUGUAUCCACAAAUUCUUUGGCCACCCCCUUUAGUUCCAUGGCAUGUAGGUAAUCAGGCCCUGGGAACUUACAACUUCCAGUUCCUCUUUUUUUAAAACUAAUACUGUAUUUUCUUCAAUUCUUCCUUCCCCAAAAAACCCUAGCGCCUCAGGGAAGUUAUUUGUGUUGCGUUAUGUGAUGACAGCUCAAGUGGUUCCUGCCAUUUCUUUGAUCUCCAUUAUCAUUUGUCUUGUUUCAGUCUCUCAGGGGCUUACCUUUUUUUUUCUAUUUUACAUACUUUGAGGCUCUUUCAGUCUGCUUUUGUAUGUUCUUUGCAAAUUUGCUCUUAAUCUGUUUUGCCCUCUUAAGUAACAUCUUGGCCCUCCUUUGCUGAAUUCUAAACAGUUCCCAAUCCUCAGGGUAUACGUUUUUGAGUAACUAUAUAUGACCACUCUUUAGAUCGAAUGCUGUCCAUAAUUUCUUUUAGUGACCAUAGGUGGAGAACUUUUCAUGUUGUGUUCUUUCACUUGAAAAAUGUAACUGCUGCAAUUAAAGCAUUUGUUCCUUUAAUAUUAACCAUGUCUGUUAUCCACUAUUGUAUAUUUGUAAAGGAGUCACCUAAUUCAUUGCAGCUAAUUCUCCUGUCAUACCUUCAUUGCUUCCUUUGUUUAGACUUUUGGAUUUGACAACUUCAUUUAUAUCUGAGUGAAGAAUUCUAAAAUGAAGAAAAUGUAGUCAUAAAAGACCUCUCAUAAGAAUAUUAAUGAACCCCUUGAUGCACAAAAUCUGACUCGGAUAGUAUAUUCCUUUGGUUCCUCGGUGUACUGGUCAAAAAAAAUCUAGUACGCCACAGGAAUUCAUCCAACAGAGGUAUUGCUAGUGUUAUUUGCACAACAGCGUCCUUGUUGCAUUUCUAAUUGCCUGUUUGGAGUCCGAAAGAUGAAAUCUUCUGAAUGUUUUCUACUACCUGUUGUUUUUUCACUUCACCCUGACUUAUUCCACAUCUAGUUGACCACUUUGUGCCACAUUGUGCAUAUUUUUUUUCAGUAAUCCUCCAAUUCUUAAGCAGUUGCUUGAAACUAUUGAUAAGCUCUAUUGCUUACAGCUGCCAAAGACUCGGUGGGUAAGAGAAAAUGAUGGAGAAAAGUGUCUGAUCUAACACGUGCUGAGUGACUUCAUUCCACCCAUGAUGGCAGAAAGAAGAUUAGAAGCCAGUGAAAUGAGAACAGCUUGAUCCUGCUAAUGUCUGUGAAGCUGUAUUCCUGCAUUAAUCAUUACAAAAGAGGAGGGAAGGCAGAAAAAUAUGUAGUCGUUACUGUAUUUUGAAACAAAUUUAAAUCAGUACCUUGGAGGUGGACCAUAUCACACCAGUUUCUUUAUUCAGUUGGUGUUUUGACUUCCAGGAUGAAAAUUCCAGCAAUACUACAUCUGAUAUUACACCAAAAUGUGAAGCAUGAGAAAAUUUAAUUAAGUCGGAAGUGACACAAUUAUAGUCCAACGGGUUUAUUUGAAAACACAACCUUUUGGACCGCUGCUGCUUUAUCAUGUUUAGUGACUUGGACUGUAACCUGGUUUUGUGUGACUUCUGAUUUUGUCCGUCCCAAUCCCAGUCUGGUGCAUCCACAUAAUUAAGACAGCUACUUCUGCUUCCCAAAGCAUCUAACUGUAUUAGAAUUUCAUUUAGUUGAUGUUGGCACCAGUUUUAUACUACACAUCUUAUUAACAGAAUUUACCAUUAACUUGCAGGGAGAUGCACCACGGCAGUCGAGGCAAGUCAGUAUUUGACCGUACUAAAUAAAUUCUUGCAUUUAAACAGUGCCCGUUCUCAUCUCAGGAUUUGUAGAAGUGUGGUUAUCUGCAAGCAGCCAGGGUGCUAAAAAAAUCAGGAUUGCUUUUGAGUUUAGGUUGUAUUCCCUUUUUAAUGUGCUGACUCACUCAAGAAAGGUGGGAACCCACCUGCUAAUGCUGGAGCUUUUGCAGUUUUUUUGAAUCAGUACAGAAAAGGAGACUAGAAAAUGGCAAUGCCUGCCGAAAAGUUGAUUAAUUAUUCACUGAGAGAAGUGAUUGCCAAGACCAUCCUUAAAUGCAUCUCCAUGAAUUUAAUAAUGAGACAUGUAUUUGAGACAAUUUUGGGGCCAGCUUCAAGAUGCCUGUGAAUAAAGCAAUAGCGUUAUUUGUGCCCAGACAUACUUGUGUUGCUGUUAGGAUAGUUGGAGUUGAAUUUACUUGUUUUCGAGGAAAUUAUCAUCCUGCAGGUUUUUAAGAAAUAUUAUUUUCUUCUAUCAGGGCAAAUUACUUAUUUCAUGAUUUGUAUUAUUUUGAUAAUGCAUUUAAAUUAAUUGUUUAGUUUUCUUCCCAAUGUCUUGGAUGGUUAAGAUGUAGGCCAAAGUGUGUGGCUCAGUUGGACAUUGUUUCAUCCUACUUUGUGCCAAGUUGAGACUGUAUUUGACUUUAAUGCCUGUGGAUAAUGAAGGCAGAAAAAUAAACUUGUGAUUACAAUCCAUUGUGUGUAUAUUGUCAAUCUAGCUUGCGGAUUGAACUGUAGUCUUGUUGCUUGCCUGUACUCGGGUACUGAUUAUACUCAAGUCAAAAAUAACUGCUUGAGUGAGGGCAAGUGUAGUUCCACAGGUGGCAACAACAUCUUGUGUUGGUACCUUGGGAGAGGAAACAAAAUAUUUGUUAUGGUAAGAUUUUUAUUGGUAUACAGGGCUGCUCUGUGACAUGUACAUAGCUGCAAUUGUCCAGAACUCAGCAAAAUAGAGAACUUUGACAAGUAUAUUCCAGUUACACAAUCAAGCAAUUCUUCAAGGUGUUAGAUGGAAAAGAGGAAUAUUAACACUUGCUUAAAAUCUGCAAUUGCUGAAAGUCAAUUUGCAAAGAUUAGUACUACAGGCUGUGGAUUCUAUGGAAUUUGGUACAAGAUGGCAAAUUGGCCAAUUUGCCAACAGUGUAGGGCACAUAGGUGUACUAAUUCCGUGUGCAAAUAUCUUUCUAUAGAUCCUCUGUAGCUAUUUCACACACCUGAGUGGAGCUGGAGGAACACAGCAGGUCAGGCAACAUCAGAGGAGCAGGAAAGUCAACAUUUCAGGUUUAGAGAUGAAGGGUCUAGCUCCGAAACGUCAGCUUUUGUGCUCCUAAGAUGCUGCUUGGCCUGCUGUGUUCAUCCAGCUCCACACUUUGUUAUUUUGGGCUUAUACCCUUUGUCAGGACUGAGUAUGCGUCAGCAGCUCAUUCAUUUGUUGUGGUUAAUCUAAAUUUGCCCCUUUUUGACAUCCCCACCAGAAGUGACCACCCUGGAUGACAGUCACUAACUGGGUUGAUUCAUUUCUGCAUCCAAGUUUCAGUUCUCAUCCAGGUAAAAAUCAAACAGCACAGCAUUGAUAGGAUCUUAAACAUGGGACCAUAUACUACAACUACAAUGGAUGGUGCAGUUCUAUACUAGGCCAUUGGAGGUAGCUAUUUCCAUCUUUAGUGUAGAAAAUGUAAUGAUGAAAAAGUGCAUGACCCUCUAUUCAGUUUUCAAGGGGUUGAGUGGAUUCCAACAACCCUCAUCAGAUUUGCUAGGUUUAAUUGAUCUGUUUUUAUUUGUGUAAAAAUCCUAUUGUUGCUUUAGUGCAGUUGUGUAACAUCUGAAGCAAUAGGAACAGUAUUUUAGUGUGUAAAAGCAUGUCUGUACAGAUUAAUAAACCAUUAACCCGUUACAAUUAGUUGGUAACUGUUCUGUAAUUGUUUUUAAUUGUCACAGCUACUUGCUUUUCAAUAGCUGAACAUUGUGUUGAAAAUUCAUUUGUGAAAUACUUCUUCUGUAUUAAUAUUGCUUCUUUCAAAUUACAGUUAAAAGGCUUGCUACUGUGCUGUCCUUUAAUUUAUAUAUUUUUAAUAAAAACAUAUACACUUGUGAGUUUCUUAAGCCAGUUGUUAAUGUGGAAAGUUAUUUUUGUAAUGCCCUGUAUCAUGUACUUGUUAAGGUUUCUAGUUCUUAAAAUGAAUACUCCAGUAUUUUGUCUCCCAUGUUGCCCACUCCCACAGCCAUGGCUUAGACUUUCAGGCACCAUCUCUGGAUAAGACCUCUUGUUUGAUUUUUUUCAAUCUCAGCAGCAUUUGCUGGACACAGAUAAGGCAAAGGAGCAUCACAGUCAUGGCAACACUCCCCAGCUAAAGUGAAGGAAAAGGUUUGGUUUAGGCAUCUGCUGCCAUUAGCUACCCAACUUGCUGGGCAUUGGGCAAGAUUAGGAUCAAAAACUGGCUCAUUGUUGUGCUUCAUGUUCAGGACGUUCUCUCAACAGGCUGUUGAAGUUUGGACUCAAGAUUAUUUGAUGAAUUUCUAGAAUGAAUGGUGCAAUAAUGUAUAUUUUUUGCCAGUUUCUGGACCAGAACUGUUGUGUGCAAAUUUCGGUUGUGGCAGACGUCCUUUUGAAUAAACUUUUGUUGAUCUUUUAUUACUGUGUUUCAAUGAUGAGGUGUAACAAGGUGAUGCUCAUUCCAAAAAGUAGUAAGGCUGUGUGACUUUUAGUCUUGAUUAGAAAAUGUUGAAAAGGAAAUCCCUGGAGAUGGGUCUACGGGCACGUUAAAACUAUUAAUGAUCUACCAUGCAACUGAUAUAAAUCCAGGACGUAGACACUGAUGCAGUUGUACCACUUUCUCUAUCAACUACUGAUUAUAUUCCCAUUUAUUUUAAUGAUUUAAUUAUAUUUAGGUUGCUAUCACUGAAAUGAGCAUUGACUCUCCCCACGCAUACAGUACUACUUCAGAGAGCCAUGAUGGUGUCUCAUUCCCCCUUCUGUCUUCCCCACCAAUGCACCCCAACUAGAAAUAAAAUGAAAAACCUCAAUAUUCAACUUUAAAGAGAGUGUCUUAUGUUCUCUGUUCUUAUUUUGUUUCAAGACUUUCACUUCAAUAAGCACUGCUUAGAAAGAGCUCCUUGUAUGAAUGUAGUUGGUGCUGUUUUCCUUUUCAAAUAGCCAGUAUGUUUUGUCAUUUAGGCCAUCUCUUGUUUAUUCUGAGCCUAAGAGUCUUGUACUUCAGUGCACUGCCAGGUCCUGAGCUAUAAAACAUUUCAGAGAAAGAUCUCUUCUACUUGUUUAUUCUUGUAGCCUUUUACAUUAAUUAUGAAAGAAUCCUGUCAGAAUUGUUACCUUUUGUAGAAAGUGAAUGCAGUGGAAUAAGUCGCAUUUCUGUGUUCUUGUUUUAUGUUCACUGUUGCAAGAACUUCUGAUUUGGCUUAUUUCUGCAGUCUAGACGUUGCAUACAUUUUGUGUAUUUGUAUUUUACAAUAAAUUGAAAAUGUAGAUGAA